AUCGCGUAGGCGCCAGAAAGUUCUAUAAGCUACCUCUAUCUCUCUCUGCAUUAGAGUCGGUGAAGAUACACGUAAUUCAGGGUUAGGGUUUCAUUUCCUCGUAAUCGGAUCAUCGCUCUCGUCUUCGAUUCACGCCUCUCCGAUUUCAUCUCUUUCUGGAAUUGUAGCAACAAAAAUGCAGGGAAGACGUGGGGCUUCUUUCUCUGAUUUUGGUGAUCCUUUUGCUGGUUUUGGGAGUUUUGGUGGCUUUGGGGGACACAGGAGUUUGGUUUCUAGUGUUUUUGGGGGGAGGGACCCUUUUGAUGAUCCUUUCUUCACACAGCCAUUUGGAGGAAUGUUUGAAUCCAGCCUCUUUGGUUCAAGAGGAAGUCCGUUCAUGGCCAUGCCUGGGACUGGAUUUCUAGAGCAUCAAGUUCAACAGCCAAAUACAAGAGGCCCUAUCAUUGAAGAACUGAACUCUGAUGAUGAAAAGGAAGAAGAAGAGAAGAAAGAUAAUCCUAGAAAGCAUCGUAGGUCAAGCAAGGAACCUUAUGUUGAGGAUGCAGAUGAUGAAGCUGCUGGGCGAAAGAGCAAGCAAAUGCAGUAUAGGAAUGAGUACAACAGGAUGACCAACACACAGCCACAGCCCCAACCACGUAGCUUCUCAUUUACGAGUUCCACUGUGACUUAUGGUGGUACAAAUGGGCCUUACUAUACUUCAUCUACAACUAGGAGGACAGGAAGUGAUGGACUGACUUUUGAAGAAAGCAAAGAAGCUGAUACUACUACACGUCAAGCUGCUCACAGGGUCUCUAGGGGAAUUCGCAAUAAGGGGCAUUCUGUUACAAGGAAGCUUAAUUCAGAUGGUCAGGUGGACACAAUGCAGGCCUUACACAAUCUAAAUGAAAAUGAGCUUUCUGGUUUUGAGGAAGCUUGGCAAGGAAAUGCUAAAAAAUACUUGCCUGGUUGGAAUGAGAGGUUCAAUGGUCUAGAUAAUAUUGGACACGGCAGCAGUGGACAAACUGGGCAGGCGAACAGGGGAGGUUGGGCGCUACCUUCAACUGAGCGUGUAAUGCCUUCUAGUUCUCAUUCACAACACCCAAGGACAGAAGCAGAAAUCGGAGAUAGGACAGGUUCUUCUCGUGGGAGGGCAAGAGCAACUACUACCAGAAUAAAUAUUGAUUAGGUCGAGGCCUGAAGGAUCUUUCAUCAAUCUCCUCCAUUUAACCUGGUCUUCAUCCUCUGGAGUCAUGGAAUGUUAAAAUCUUUACCCCUUUACGUGGGCUUAAGUGCUUUAUGCUUGCCUGGCUGGUCCAAAGGGUUUUGCUAAAGCUGAGAGGAGGGCCAUGGCUAGUAGUAGAACAUGCCAGUGUUUGCUUCCUGAAUGUCUUGUACUAAAGUUGUCUGGUUUCCUGAACUUUAAAUACUGGAACAAGUUUGAUGGUUUUUGAUUGUUCAACAUUGGAUGCGAUUUUAAAACACUUAAUAUGAUUGGUCGGAUAUGUUGGUUUAGGA